UUGCUCAUUGUUUGGACUCGGUGUUCUUGCUGGAGUUUUUUAGCGUAUAUUACUGUGUCCUUGUUUUGGUGGACCCUUUCGGACACUCAUCUCGAUUAUGCCUCGUUCGAGUAAGCGGCCAGCUGCCCCUGCAGCAGUUACGGAGACAGCCGCGACUAAGCGCCGAAGGGGACGGCCUGCUACCCGCUCAUCGCCCACCAGGACAACCGCUACUCCCGCGGCUGGUGUUUUGCCAACAUCGGCUUCCAAUGCCGCUGCUUCGGCACCACCGCCGCCCACGACGACGGCCCCGUCGACGACACCAGCUUGUGGAGGGAAUGUCAUGGCGGAUGGGGUACCUCCAUCGACGGUUACGGUUCCACCAACGGCAGUGACGGUGCAUGGGGCAGUCGUGCCGCCGACAACAAACGGUGAGUCUUUCAAUACACCAAUAAUUGUAAGUUCCGUUAGCGCGUCGCUUGCUGGGCUAGAUAGCGCGCCACUGCACAGCGUCUGUGACGAUCUUGGGGCCACCGUGCCCUUAGCGUUGCAAGAAAACAUUUGGAAGGGCGAGUUUGUGGAGUUCGGGUCCCUUUUGCGACCUGCUCGUCAUUCCGAAAAUGACUGCGUGUUCAUGGUUGGGACGCACGAGUCACCGGCUUGGCAACUGCGGCCGCAUAAGCAGACCCAACGGAUCACGUCCAUUGAGCAAUGGACAUCGGCAUUUUUGAUUUUUGCUUCCAUUUUUCUGCAGCGUCAUCCUGGUGCCUCAAAUUGA